AUGUCGCUGUUGUCUCAAAAUUCUACGCGGGAUCAGACCAACGUCUCCUUCGACGAAGAAUACGAUCGGCUCAAUCAACAUCUUCAUGUUAGUGCUAUGAAAGCUGAGAGUUCGAAAGUCACCAAGAGACGUCUGUCUCCAGAAACACUCGAGCUGAUACGCCAGCGUGGAAUCUCACGAGCUGCACGCAACCGCGAACUAAUGUCCGAACUUGCAAAACAAUGUAGACAGGCGAUAAAAGAAGAUAUCAAAGAGAGAAGAACAGCAGUAAUGGUCGAAGCUGCACAGGCUAGGAAAAGACCUGGUGACGCAUCACGUAACCUCGCGACUAACUGGCUAUCGAGAUCCCUCAUGUGA